CAAUCGCGAGCUCAGUACGUAUUGCUUAUCAUAAAAUAAUUAGUUUUAAUUAAUAAAAAUGUACACUGCGCACAUUUUCGUCAUUGCUUUAGCUGUUUUGAUCUCUAGAGUUGUCUCCGAAGAUGUCAUUCCAACCAAAAUCAAUGGACAAUCAUUGUCAAUGCCGACUGAUGAUUUAUGCACAAAAGCCGGGUUUGUUAAGGUACCGACCCCUAUACCCACUACAGCCAAUGACUCCAAACUCGAACCGACAACUGAACCUACCGUCGCUCCCAUAUCAGGACCAUCCACAGGCAAAAAGAUGUCCACAGCUGACAUCGUGUUGACAGUAAUCGGGGUUAUCGCUGGCGUGAUCCUUUUGGGCUUCUUAGGACAAUACUUCUAUAAGAAACAGAAAACUCAAUAAUAUUGUAAAUAUUCUACCUGGUGCAAAGGUUGACCAUCGCUAUACAACGUGGUAAUGCGGCAAUUCUGACGGCCCAGCCACGACAUUGGUCUAAACGCGACAGCGGUGAGCGGCAGCCAUACGUGCGAAUGAAAAGUC